AUGGAUUCGACUCCUCGGUUUUUCAUCGUCCGCAAUCCAGGACCACCUGGAACAGUCGUCCACGAGACCCAGCCGGGCAAGCAGUCCUCCAUUGUGCCACUCAUCCCAGCGGACAUCCUCCCUCCUUGGGUCAAGAUCGAAGGAUACCCCCGCGUUUUGAGUAUCGAGCAAACCGCAGGGAUGACCAGUCUGGGCGGGUUCCCUCCCGAGGAGGGCCAUGUCCGCGUCCAGCUCUUUGACCUGCCUCUGGCUCGUGGCCAUGUCCUGAGCGGAGAGCAGCACGCUGCUCCACAGGCUGGAGCACCGCCCCAGGACAACCACGUUAUCGACACCCCGAUGAGCAACGCCGCCGUUCCUACAAAGCCCUCCGAGAAGCGACAUAAAGAGCACGGGCCGCGAGGCUUCUCAACCGGGAGCCGGACCUCUGAGAACAGCAAGCUCCACAGGCGCCAGAAAGUUGGCAACUACCCCCCUCCCCGCCAGAGCUCCAUGAGAGCGAACAUCUACGGCCAUGGCAAGGGCAUCUUUGAGCGGACCCAGAAGCUCGGGUUCUGCCAGGAGUGGUGCCACCACGGGGUGUGCAAGCGAGGGUUCAAGUGCAGCCUCUCACACAAAAUGCCAAAGUCGGCAGGGGAGCUCAAGGCUAUCGGCCUGGACAAGUUUCCGAGGUGGUGGAGGGAGAGACAUAGGGGACUGGGGAUGAAGGGUCCUCGUGAGCUGAUGGGUAGGAGCUCAAACCCGAUGGAGAUGAAACAAGAGGCCGCCCCGUUGCCCGUGGCUGGUACCAUGACCGGCGGCACUCUACCUCCUGCGGCUGGUUUGCAGCCACAGGAGGGUUUGGCUCCUGCUGCAUUCAACCAGAAGCUUGGGGCGCAGAAGGACGAGGAGCUUCUGGUCAAGUUCUGA